UCUCCGACCCGGUCCAGUAGGUCGGCACUGUUCUUUGGCGUCAUCGCCACGCGCCUCCCUGCUCUUGCUCCAACACGUUCUGCAGCUUGACGUUGUAUUUGGACGUCAUCUCCACGCGCCUUCCCGCCCCUUGGGUGUUUAGCUCUAGCGACAGAGUACUGAAUUUCUAUCCCCCUCGAUCAUGUUCCCGGCCAUCCCUUCUCCGAGGACUCCAGGUACCGGAUCCCGAAGGGCUCCACUGGUCGGAAUUGGGCCGAAUUCAACGCCCCGUGCGGGAAGCAGGAGGGGACAGUCCCUAGGUUCUGCGGUCUUCUCCCCAGUGCUCUUCUCCCCGGUAUCCCGGCGCAGCUCUCUCAGCUCGCGAGGAACACCUACGCGGCUGUUAACACACCACUCCGUAACUGAAUCUGUGAAUUAUGACGUGAAAACAUUUGGAUCAUCUCUUCCAGUUAAAGUCAUGGAAGCCCUAACAUUGGCUGAGGUUGAUGAUCAGCUGUCUGUACAUAUUGACGAAGGUGGAUGGGCUUGCCUGGUCUGCAAGGAGAAGCUCCUUGUUUGGAAGAUCACCCUGUCCCCUGUCACCAAGUUAUCUGUUUGCAAAGAACUUCAGCUGCCACCUAGUGACUUCCCCUGGAGCGCUGACCUGGUGGCUGUUUCUUACUCUGCCACCUCAGGAGAAGCACAUUCUGUUCAGGCUGUUGCUGUCAUGGUUGCCACCCGAGAAGGGUCCAUUCGCUACUGGCCAAGCCUUGCUGGGGAGGACACCUACACAGAGACGUUUGUGGACUUGGGGGGUGACAGAAUGUGCAGAUUCCUAACAGCAGUGCAGGGAGGAUGUUUUAUAUUGGCCUCAGCGGGAAGUCAACUAAUUCGGUUGAUACCUGAAAGCUCUGGAAGGAUUUAUCAGCAUGUCCUGCCACAGGGCCAAGGCAUGCUGUCAGGAAUUGGUCGAAAGGUUUCUUCCCUUUUUGGAAUUUUGUCUCCUAGUAGUGAUCUCAUGCUUGCAGGUGUUCUCUGGGACAGAAGAAGGUCGAGCUUCUACAGCCUGACAAGCUCAAAUGUCAAUAAAUGGGAAUUGGAUGAUUCCUCAGAAAAGCUAACAUACAGUUGGGAUUUACACAGAGUUCUGAAGGAAAAUAUAACUGAUGCUAUUUGGGGAUCUGAGAGUAACUAUGAAAUUAUUAAAGAAGGGGUCAACAUUCAGUAUUUGGACUUGAAGCAAAAUUGUGAUGGGCUCCUAAUUUUGGCAGCAGCAUGGCAUCCGGCAGAUAGUCCUUGCCUCGUCUAUUACUCUCUGAUAACAGUGGAAGAUAAUGGCUGCCAGGUGUCAGAUGCAGUUACUGUGGAAGUCACUCAGCAUAACCCACCUUUUCAGUCUGAAGACCUGAUUAUGUGUCGAUUGAUGGUCCCUGACUUCUCGAACCAGAUUGCCUGUCUGUACACUGAAAGUGCCAUCUAUGUAUGCUCCACAGGAACUGGGAAAUUUUCUCUUCCUCAGGAGAAAAUUGUCUUCAAUGCACAAGGAGAUGGCAUUUUGGGGGCUGGCUCCUGUGGCAGUGUUCCCAUCCUCUUCUCUAGAAACAGUGGCUUAGUGUCCAUCACAUCAAGGGAAAGUGUAUCCCUCCUAGCAGAAGACAUGGAGGAGUCCUUGGCCUCUUCAGUCGCUGGACCAGGCAAUGAGAGUAUGGUGUUUGAGACCACCACAAAGAAUGAAACCAUAGCACAGGAAGAUAAAACAAAACUACUGAAAGCUGCCUUUCUGCACUACUGUAGGAAAGAUUUGGGCCAUGCUCAAAUGAUGGUUGAUGAGCUGUUUUCCCACUCCGACAUGGAUGCUGAUACUGAACUAGACAGGGCUGUCACCCAGAUCAGUGUCGACUUGAUAGAUGACUAUCCAGCUUCUGAUCCACGGUGGGCUGAAUCUGUCCCUGAAGAGGCCCCUGGGCUGAGCAACACCUCUCUGAUCAUUCUCCAUCAGCUGGAAGACAAGAUGAAAGCCCACUGUCUCCUCAUGGACUUCCUUCACCAAGUUGGCUUGUUUGGGCGCCUGGACACUUCUCCAGUCAGAGGGACACUGAUGGCAACCCGGCUGCUUCUAUGUGAGCAUGCAGAAAAGCUGUCAGCCACCAUCGCUCUCAAGAACCACCACUCACGGCUGCCAGACCUCGUGAAUGCAGCCAUUCUGAUUGCUCUGAACAAGAGGGGGUGUGACAUCCCGGGCAGCCUGACUCCCGCAGACGUCUUCUUUCGUGAGGUAUCCCAGGUGGAUACCAUCUGUGAGUGUCUUCUGGAUCACGAAGAGCAAGUUCUGAGGGAUGCGCCGCUGGACUCUGUCGAAUGGGCUGAGGUGGCGAUCAACGUCAACACUGUUCUCAAGGAUAUGCUGCAAGCUGCUAGUCACUAUCGCCAAAACAGAAGCUCCUUGUAUAGAAGAGAAGAACCACCAAGAAAAGAGCCCGAGUACAUUCCAUGGACAGCCACAGGCAGUCCCACCGGCAUCCGAACAGCAAUCACCCGCCAGCACGGGGUCAUCCUGAAGACGGUUUACCCACAGGUGGACAGUCACCUCCGGAACACCUUGACAGAGCAGCUGGUCACGCUGAUCGACUGCUUCCUGGAUAGUUACGUUUCACAGUUGAAGUCCCUAGACAAGUCCAGUGAUCAAGAAAGAUAUGACAACCUAGAAAUGGAAUACCUGCAGAAAAGAUCAGAACUCUUGUCUGCUCUGCUCACACUAGGCCAGUACCCAUGUGCUGCUUCUCUGGCAGAGAAGUACUGUGACUUUGACAUCUUGGUACAGAUGUGCGAGCAGAUGGACAACCAGACAAGACUGCAGCGCUACAUGACCCAGUUUGCUGAUCAGAAUUUUUCAGACUUUCUCUUUCGUUGGUAUCUGGAAAAGGGAAAGCGGGGCAAAUUAUUAUCUCAGCCCCUGUCUCAACAUGGACAGCUGGCAAAUUUUUUACAAGCUCAUGAACACCUCAGCUGGUUACAUGAAAUUAGUAACAAAGAAUUAGUAAAGGCUCAUGCAACACUUCUGAGUUUGGCAAAUAUGGAAACUCGUUACUUUGCAAAGAAAAAAACCCUUCUUGGCUUGAGUAAAUUGGCUGCAUUAGCUUCAGACCUUUCAGAGGAUGCAUUGCAAGAAAAAAUCGAAGCGAUGGCUGAGCAGGAGCGUUUCCUGUUGCACCAAGAGACCCUGCCCGAGCAGCUGUUAGCCGAGAGAGAGCUGAGCCUCAGUGCCAUGCCAGUGCUGACUGCACCACAGCUAAUCAGCCUGUACAUAUGUGAUGAAAACAGAAGAGCCAAUGAAUAUGAUUUUAAGAAAGCUUUGGACUUGCUGGAAUAUAUUGAUGAGGAAGAAGAUGUGAAUAUCCAUGAUCUCAAACUGGAAAUCCUUUGCAGAGCUCUCCAGAGAGACAACUGGUCUGGUUCAGAUGGUAAAGGCGAUCCAAUUGAAGAAUCCAAAGGCAGUAUAUUUGUGAAAAUCUUACAGAAACUUUUAAAAGAUGGCAUUCAGCUCAGUGACUACUUGCCAGAAGUGAAUGACCUGCUGCAAGCUGAUCAGCUGGGAAACCUCAAGUCCAACUCAUAUUUUGAAUUUGUUUUGAAAGCAAAUUAUGAGUAUUAUGUCCAGGGACAAAUGUAAUUUUUUGCAAAAAUAGCAUUGUUUCUAAAACUUUUGUGUGUGCUUAUAUAAAAAUUUUAGACCCUAAACAACUAGACAUUCAUUUGUACAAUUUUAUAAUGUUUGCAGCUGUUUUUUUUUUUCUUUUAUGCUUUACUUGGAAGCUAAUACUAAAUAGUUAUAUAUGUAGCUACAAUUUUGUGUUUUGAUUACACAAAUUUUUUUCCUCACUUUUUCCACAUGAAUUUUGUCAGCUGUUUCUGUACUUGAUGCCCUUCCUAACUCACGUGGUCCAGUGAGUUCUGUACUUCUUGUCCUAGUUCUGGCUAUUCAUGAGCACAAAUCACUUCUAGGUCUCUGUUUCUGUGGUUCUUAAAAAUUAUGACAUUACCAAGGCUUCUCUCUGAAAUUGUUGUGACGCUGGGUGCUGUGUACUGAUCUGGGACCCUUGGCAUCCGUUUUGUUCAGGGCCAGUGGGAAACAUUGUCUAGCAAGAUAAAUGUCAAAAUUUACCAAAUUGUACUCUAAUAAGACAGAAAAAACAAAACAGAAUGGACCUAAUUCUUGUGAGUUUGAUAACUGAGUAACUUUUCUACAUAAUGAACAGUACUGAUAGAAAGAAGCACUUUAAUGAAUAAAGUAUACGUGUGGCUUCUCCCUUACCUGUAAUUGUCCUUGAGGACAGUUGCAGUUGUAAUUGCACAGCACUAUGUGAGUUACAGUCUCUCAGUACUGGAGUUCCCUUUAAGCUUGGUGUAUUUUCACAACAAUUUUUGCUGAGUUGUAGUUUGAGCACAAUUUGCCUUAGUCACAAGCAUGUGUAAUGCUAGAAACUACUGUGGACUGUCCUAAUAUGAUCAAUGAAAAAUAAUGUUCUCUCAAAACUUGUUUGUCCUAACCCAUCAUCACUCUCUUUGUCUAGCGUUAAAUAAAAAAAGAGAUUAGAGGGGCCCGGCUGGUGUAACCACACUUUGGCCAAGGCCACUGAUUACUAACCACCUUAGUCAUACGGCUGGGAAGGUCAGAAGUUAAAUCUGGUGAAUUGCCUGGCUUCUGAGCCCUCCCCUUAUGCCUUCUCACCUGGGACUCCCAGUCCAACCCUUGACUUAUUUGGACAAAUAGGCUAAUGGAGUUGUGUAUCUUGACUAAAAAGGGAAGAUAGAAACCUGGGCCUUGACUUGUUUGGAAGAAUAGCUUAUGCAGCUGUUUCUCUUAAGCAAAGAAAGAAGUGAGGAGCCUGGUCUUUUCUUUAUCAAAGAAUUAAGACUUUGUGUAAAUAAAGGAACUCAUGGUGUCUGCUGGUACCAAAUGACAGGUCCCUCUGGAAAGCUUUGUUUUCUGCCUUUGGUGCAGCUGAGUUCCAUCGGGGCCGUGAGUGACAGCAUCGAGGUAUUGCCCUUAAUUCUGAGCAGAGGGAAGGCAGCAGUGGCCAUGAACUGACCUAAGACACUUGGUGAUGACUCUAGAGCUUUGAGGGAUGUAGGCCCUGACCCUGUAUGGAGCUGAGAUAAGUUUUAAAGACAGGAAGGUGUUCUCUUACCAGGGCUGU